AUGUUCUUUCUCUAUGCUCCCCAUCCGUUGACAGUAGCAGCGAUAGGCACGUUGCUGACUGGGAGCUUUAUCUAUGUCGCUCUCGGCUGGUGGAAGCUCCGGCAAUCAAGACAAGAACUCGAGCGAAUCAACAAAUGUCUUCCGCCACGCGGUGUGUACCGUAACCUGGAGCCCUUCAUAGCAUUUGACAUGAUUCUGUCGCUGCUGUCCGCAGCGAAAAACAAGAAACUACUACAGUGGUUCAACGGGCAUUUCCAAACAUACGGUCCGACAUUCGUCGUUCAGACUAUUCCGAAGUACGCUAUCCAUACCACCGAAGCGGAGAACAUCAAGACUGCCUACUCUUUGAAAUUUGAUGACUGGUCUGUCAGACCUGCACGUCAGUCCUUCAAACACCUCAUGAAUGGCUCGACAUUCAUGUCUGAUGGGGCUGCAUGGUCACACUCGCGCGGUAUCCUGCGUCCAAUGUUUGUCAAAGAUCGCAUUACAGAUCUUGAGUUAUAUGAGGCGCAUUUCCAGAAGUUGCUGAAAUUGAUACCGGAAGAUGGGUCGACCUUCGAUAUCAGUGCUCUGUUCCAUCGGUAUGCAUUUGAUGUGUCUUCCGAGUUUUUGUUUGGAGAAUCGCUCGACUCUCUGGGAAGCCCAACAGACGCCAAAGUACAGCUGGCUCACGACAUUGAGCUCACCAUCCAGGACGCUGCGGAUCGUUUCCGCAAAUCCCUGUUGUAUCGUUGGCUCAGACGCCCAGGCGUCGACCAGGCGGUCAGCAAUGUGCUAAGUUCGACGACCAGAUACGCGCAAGAGGCUCUGGAUAGAGCAGUUGAAGAUCAAAAACAUGCACGAGGAGAGCACAAAGCCACCCGUCCCUACUCCUUCCUCGACGAGAUGGCACGACAAACACAAGAUCUCGAAAGGAUGUCACAUGAAGCAACAAGCUUGAUGUUUGCUGGGAAAGACACAACUGCCGGAUUGCUUGGUAGUAUGUGGUAUCUGUUUGCAAGACAUCCUGAGGUUUGGGACAAGCUUCUCGCGGAGGUUGAUCAGCUCGAGGGCGCACCACCAACAUACGAAUGGGUAAAGAAUGCGAAGUAUCUGAGAUACUGUGAGCACGAAGCCAUGAGACUCUACCCUGUGACCCCGAUCUUGCCGCCUCGUGUUGCUAAUAAGAACACUGUACUGCCACUCGGUGGUGGCAAGGAUGGCAAAUCUCCUCUGUUUGUGCCUAAAGGCACGGCAUUGAUUGUUCACAUAUAUUCGGCAAACCGUCGUCAAGAGAUUUACGGGAAGGAUGCCGAAGAAUUCAAGCCAGAAAGAUGGGAAGAUCUUCGCCCAGGUUGGGCUUACACUCCGUUUGGUGGUGGACCGCGAAUCUGCGUUGGUCAGCAAUUUGCUUUGACGGAAGUAUACUAUCUUACGGUCCGCCUGAUGCAACAUUUCCGCCGGAUCGAGUGUCGAGAUUCAAGACCUUUCAUCGAGGAUCUCGCGGGCGUCAUCUUGAGUCCAGAUGGCGGCGUCCAGGUUGGCUUGUACCCGGCCUGA